AUGAACGAGGGCAACCAAGUGACGAUCUACAAGUACACCGGUGAGCCCGUGGCCAAGAUCGAGUUCAAGCCCGACAAAAUCGAGGCUCGCCACGAAGACACCGGAGCUGGAGCGAGGACGAAGACGCAAGCGCUGCUCUAUGCUGCCAAAUGGCGGCCAGAUGGGAAGAAGGCACAUGAGGAUCGCCCUGCCAGCCCUCCGCGAGAUGGCGAGAAAAGGCCCAAAG